AUGGCAACGAAGCGGCGCAUCCCUCUCCCCGAUUUACCACCCCAUAGAACCAGAUGCAUGAGUUCUAUAAGCAUCCAGCCAACAAGCAAAAACGAAGUGCAGUCGUUCCCACAGAAGCGCAAGAGGGGAAGAUCAAAGGCGAUCACGAGUUGCGAGCGGUGUCGACAAGCGCAUAUUAAGUGCGUCUCACAGGGCCAAGGAGAGCCCUGUGUUAACUGCGCAAAACGGUCGACGCGAGUCUGUAGCUUUAUGCAGCAUCUCCCUGGCAAGUCAGAUCUCAAUUCACCGAUGGAUCAAAAAAGUCAUUCUGCUCAACAUCCGGAGGACCACCAAUUGCAAACACUAGCAGCUUCCGCCCUGGCUUAUAUGGAAAAGGGGUUACUUCACUCUAGUGUUGAUGCUGCAAUAUCGCUAUCAGUGGCACAGCCCUCAGGGGCAUUUUACUCCGUUCAUACUGGUGCUUGA